AUGCGAACUCCUGCCGAGACCGAGACAUUGUCUCAACCUGAGAUGUACAAAUUCGAAUCUCAGGAAAUGGAAGCGUCGUCGGGCGUCAAUCAAGUAGUUUUAUCACCGUCGCAUCCCGAGACGCAUAUAUUUACUAAUAGCAUGUUAUGUAUUCAAGAAGAAUUGGGCCAGCUGAGUGGAAUCGCGGGUGGUCCUAUUAUCACAGAUUCACGUGACGCUCAAUUACCCAAUAACAAUCAUAGUAAUUCGGGAAGCAAUAGUAAUUCCAGCGAAACUGCGACAAAAUGUACCCCGGGUUCUGGAACGUUGGAUGCACAGAGGUCCAGCUGGGUGGAGGGUAUACUAGGAUGCAUGCGCCCAGUUUGGACCAUGCUUUCAAAGGCAGCUGUAAAUGAGAAAAUUAAAGGACAUCAAACGGAAGAUUGGGAAAUACCAUUUGAGUCGAUCAGUGAACUCCAAUGGCUCGGGUCUGGAGCUCAGGGUGCAGUAUUUAGUGGAAAAUUAAAUAAGGAAGUUGUAGCUGUAAAAAAAGUACGAGAACCGCGCGAGACUGAUAUACGGCACUUACGCAAAUUAAAUCAUCCAAACAUCGUUCAAUUUAGAGGUGUUUGUACACAAGCCCCUUGCUAUUGUAUAAUUAUGGAAUUCUGUCCGUACGGGCCACUGUACGAUCUUCUUAGAGCGGGAGAGCCGGUUCCACCAUCUAGAUUAGUAUCAUGGUCGAAACAAAUCGCUGCUGGAAUGGCCUAUCUUCACGCACAUAAAAUUAUACAUAGGGAUCUUAAAAGUCCAAAUGUAUUGAUAGGGCAAGAGGAAGUUGUGAAGAUUAGCGAUUUUGGCACCAGCCGAGAGUGGAAUGAAAUUAGUACAAGAAUGAGCUUCGCCGGUACAGUAGCCUGGAUGGCACCAGAGAUAAUCAGAAACGAACCUUGUUCUGAGAAAGUUGACAUCUGGUCUUAUGGCGUGGUGUUAUGGGAACUUUUAAGUGGAGAAAUACCAUAUAAAGACGUGGACUCUUCUGCAAUAAUUUGGGGCGUGGGCAAUAAUUCUUUACAUUUACCAAUUCCCGCGAGCUGUCCAGAGGGUUAUAGAUUGUUGGUAAAGCAAUGUUGGGCCGCGAAACCACGGAACAGGCCCUCCUUCAAGCACAUUGAGAUUCAUCUUGGCAUUGCGGCGGAUGAGGUGCUAUGCACGAAACCUGACGAAUAUUUCAAAACGCAGCAAUCUUGGAAAAAGGAGAUUAGAGAUCAUUUGAAGCAAAUGCAAACAAACAGUUGCAGUAGUCCACGAUUUGAAGCUGAUCUCAUUAGACGUCGCGAAGAUGAACUAAGACACGCUCAAGAUAUACGAGAACACUAUGAACGAAAACUUGAAAGGACUAAUAAUUUGUACUUAGAACUAAGCGCUGUUUUAUUGCAGUUGGAACAGCGCGAACGAGACGUAAUCAAACGGGAACAACAAAGUGGAUACAAGCAAUGUAAAAAACGUCUUGUGCAUCCUCUCUUGAAGGCUCAAGAAAGACUUCAUCGUAGACGCAACCCCACCACUCAAUUCUCAACAUCGUCCACUCCGACCACACCACCGUCUCCGACGGACUGUCCACAAACUCCUGUGAAAGCUACUAUGUACACACAAUUAAACGAAUCCAAUCAACCGGAAACAAUCUUAGCAUCCAACAAUAGUUUUAAACAACGGAAAUACAGGCAUCGUAGGGUAGGCUCUGGAUGUGGAGUAAAUUCUACCCCGCGGUCGAGUCCUCAUCGUGAAAGAAAAAGCACGGAAGUAUGUGCACGAUUCGUUGAUAGUCAAACGCAAACAGAUAUGAUGGAUAUCAGCGAAACUGAUUACAAUUCCGUUAGUCAUACAACAGCAAUUCCAGAAAGAGCAGAGAGGCUUUCUAUAAAUAGCCUUAACAAACAAUCCUUUAAUAAACAAAUACCGGAACCUUUGAAUGGGAACUCAGUUUUAUCCGAAGCUCACUACAGAAUGCAAUCUAGUCCUUGUUCCAGUCCUGAACCGUCGAAUGAGAAUCGUGUAAACGGAAAUGAACGUUUAAAGGACUGUAGCGAUGAUGAUAAUCUUGAAACUCUUGGCCGAAAAGUUAGUGAAAUUAUCAAUGCUAAUCGUCUCAUUUCUCCUAUUGAUAAUGGAAAUUGCGAUGAUGUGAUACAACACAGGAAUAAAGAAGACUCCGUUAGUAAGUUAUCUGGACAUUUUUGUGGUAUUAAUAUGAUUAAUGGUACCAAUACGUCGCAAGAACAGUCGGAAAUUAAAUCUCGGCCAUGUUCCGAAAAUAUGGACACGUUACGUGAUCGUGAAGACGAUGCAUAUGAAGAAAGUUGGUCGGAUGAAGAAGGUGAAGAUCCAAGCUAUACAUACAACUAUUCCCUUAGAAGAAGAAGCAUUGCCAGAAGGCCAAUUGGCCCUGGAUGUAGAUUAAGAAGAUUUAAGCACGCAACAGUACGAAUAGAUGGAGUAUUAGCUUCUGACGAAGAAAAUACUUCUGAAUAUUCACAUCCUCCGUCCAGUCAAUCCUCUACGUUAGAAAGUAAUCCCGAUAUGCAAAGAGUAUUUCGUAAUAUUCAUUAUUCACAUAAGAGGAAAGGAAUAGAUGACGUUUCUGAUAUGUCAAGUCAAUCAGAAACAGAUGAAGUCAGUGAGAUUACAAUUGCAUCUCAGCCAGCAGGUGCAAAUUUAAAGAUAGAAAGUAGCGUCUAG